AUGCCCCGCCUCGAUGAUGACGACGAUGGAGACGCAUGGAACGAGGUCGAUCUGCGCAAGGUGGCUAAGCAAGAGAUGCUCGACGCCGAGACGUCCGGUUGCUUGCGCCUAACGAAGCUCCACCUUGUGCGCAUGCCGCGCUCGCUGCAGUACCUACCGCACCUUCAAAUCAUCGAUUUGAGCCAGAACGGCCUCACGCGGCUGCCAGGCCAGUGGCUACGGCGGUCCUUCCCGACACUUCACACUCUCCAUAUCGGCGGCAACCAGCUGCACGUGAUGGACGACGUCCUCCACCUCUCUCGGAUGCACCACCUUCGCGACCUCGACAUCUCUUCCAACCCGCUCCCGCUUGUCACCAAUCGUGUCUACCUUCUCGAGGCUCUCUUUCAAGCACCGACGCCCCGGGACGCUACGUACGCGAUCGAGACCGACUUGCAGGCAGCUUGUAUCGUGCCGGACAAGACACGGUGUCCUGCCGUGUACCGGGCGCGCACACUGGCGCCCGUGCCGAGGCGGGAAGGUUUUCCGAUGCUACAAGUGCUCAACCAAGCACCCAUCGUGCUCGACGACGUCGCAGCGGUCGAGCGCGAACUCGGUCGCAAGCUGCGGUAUCCUGCACCGCACACAACGACGGCCAGCGUCGCCGCAGCUUCCAGGCCACCGGCUCGCUUUCUCGAAAUGCGCAAGACGGCCAAAGAAUUGGAGCGACGAAAAUUGGGCUUCAAGACGCUGCCCGCCGUGCGUUCCGUGCCCCGUCUCCAGUACACUGUCGACAGGCUGCCAGAGCCCGUCUCUGCCUACGACGAUCUGCACGACGUUGGUCGUGGACAGGACGGUGGAAUGACCCGCGCUGAGUGUGAAAUGGCUCGACGCGACAUCAAGCUGGGCUUGGCUGUCACGGGUCCCGCCACCGGCGGCGAAUUGCCGCCGGCGCACGAGCCAGUACUCGCCGCGGGGCACUGGAACCACAGCAUUGCAUCGCUGGACGACCUUCAGAAUGACCAGCGCUGCGUCGUGCGCGAAAAAAGCAAGUCGGACUCGACGUUGCAGGACGACCCGCUCGAGUCGGACGUCCUCCUCGACUCGAUGGUGCAGGCCGAGCGCUCCCGCCGCCUUACGCAGCGAACGCUCGAUGUUUUAGCCAACGUGGACGAGGCGACCGAUGCAUCGGAUCCAUUCAGCACAAGCUGUGGCGAUGCGCUGCUGGAUCGACUCAACCACAACUACACGCCUGCUAUCGUCGCAGACAAAUUCAAGGUCACGACAGCGUUUUGUAAAAGGAUUUUUGCUGUUGGCUCCAAGCUCGUGACCCCCGACUUUCGAGACAUUAUCGAGCUCGAGCUUCAAGACACUCGGCACCGCAACACGACGCUCUUAUCGACAACGGACCCUGCGCCACCAUCGCUCGUGGCCACGAUGGAUCUUUCACUCAAUCGCUUGCGCGCCCAGAAUCGCAUUGAAGGCGUCAUCAACACCAUCAACCCCAAGCACGAGAAGCGGCUCAUCCAAGCGCUCAUUGAUUCCGACCAACAAGUGGUCGACGAGCAACUCCGUCGACAGAAGAUCAAGGAACACAAAGACCGUAUGGACAAUAUUGCCCAUCGGGGCCACCGCACGCGCCCCACCAGCGCAACCCCCGCGCGCCACGCGUCGUCAUGGCAGCAGCGCAACAUCACGGCCAUGACGAUGAAGGAAAAAGGUGUGGUUCCUCGCAGCACAGCGCGCAUUAGCGCAGAGCCCAAGCAUCUCGCUUAUCGAACGAUCGAGACGGUCGAGGCGGCCGCGGACGACCACUUGCUCGGCGUCUCAUCCAAAGAGCUCUUGCUGCGCUGCGCCGAGAUCCGCAAGCACGCGCGCGAGUCGUUAAAAGAGCUCGCCAAAGCCAAAACCGACUUUGUGGUGAGCGAGUGCGAGUGGGAAAGCCGGCGGCGCGACCGGAUCGAGCUUCUCAAGCGCAAGGUCCGCGCGUCGGCCUGCGAUGGCACCGAGAUUAUGAUUGGCGACCAAGAAUUCAUCUAUGCAAGCUUUUAAGAAACUCCGUCUACUAACGUCGACUAGAUUGUCUCAAAGCGGGACCGACGCCAGCAAGCGUCCAGUGGACCAGCCAUGCGAGCUAGCAGCGUCGAACGGAGUAGCAUGAGCGUGGCGCCAGAGGAGCAACUAAAGUUUUUGUACCAAUAUAUCUUCUCGAG